GACACCGCCCCUUGUCGGUUGAAGGCGGCCGUUCGUCAUGGCGGUGGAUAUCAACGGAUACUGAGUUUAUGGCGCCGUGCCGUUGUCUGUGACCCAGAGCCGUGUUCAGUGAUGUCUGAAGCGAUCCCGGUGGAGGAGGCGAGCUCGCGCCGCCUGCACGAGCUGGUGUUGUGCGCAGCCGCGGUGCAGGGCGCGCGGCCGGCGGUUUGUAGUGAGCGCGAGGCGCACGGAGGCUCCUUGUCUUACAGCUACAGCCAGGUCCUCGCCCUGGGGAAUAGGCUGCAACAAGUACUCCACUCACACUGUGACUUUACCCACGGUUACAUGAUUGGUUUAUACUGCCAGCCGACAGUAAACCUGCCCAGCUGCAUUUUAGGAAUUCUUCAAAUUGGGGCAGCCUUUUGCCCAAUUGAUCCAGAAAAUGCACCUCACUUAUCAGCAAAUUUUAUUCAAAGGUGUAAACUGAUGUAUAUCCUUAUUCAGAAAGAUAUGAUACAGAAAUUUAAGGAGACUCUGUCAAAGUGGUUGUAUAUUGAAGUUGAACAUGAUGUACCAACACUAAAUGUGGUACUUGUGAAGAUUCAGUGGCGGUUGACUAAUGUGGAUUUAGAACCCAAAAAUAAAGAAUAUGUAAUUUGCAGAAAAAUAGGAGAUUUAAGACCAGGCAGCUCAGAAGCUGCUGAGGAGGAUAGGAAACAAGCGCACAAAUAUACAGAUAUCCAGAGGCAUGGAUUUUUGGCAUAUAUAUUGCAAACAUCAGGUACGACAGGAACUCCAAAAAUUGUUCGAGUGCCACAUCAGUGCAUUGUUCCAAACAUACAGCAUCUCAGGACUAUUUUCAAGGUUUCAUCAGAUGAUAUAAUUUUUAUGGCUUCCCCUCUGACUUUUGACCCCUCUGUUGUCGAAAUGUUUGUUGCACUGAGCAGUGGAGCUACUCUGCUCAUUGUUCCCCCAGUGAUUAAAAGGAUGCCAAAGACAUUAGCCAACAUACUUUUUAACCAUCACAAAGUUUCUAUUAUGCAGGCCACCCCAACAUUGAUCAAAUGUUUUGGAUCAGAAAUUUUAACAUCAGUUGUACUUUCAGCCAGUACUUCACUACGUGUAUUAGCACUAGGGGGUGAAGCGUUUCCUUCACUGAGUGUACUCAAAAGUUGGCGAGGAGAAGGCAACAAAACUGAAAUUUUCAAUAUUUAUGGGAUUACAGAAGUAUCAAGUUGGGCUACAUUUUACAAAAUUCCUGAAGAAUGUCUGCGUGAUGCCACUCAGUUACAUGAAGAGUGUGUACCUUUGGGUCUCCCACUUUUGGGAACUGUUUUGGAUGUUGUGGAUAACUCUGGUCAGGUAAUCCAAGAAGGAAAAGGACAAGUUUUCAUAGGUGGUAAAGAGCGUGUAUGUUUUCUUGAUGAUGAAAAAGCUGUGUGUCCAGGUACAAUGAGAGCCACUGGGGACUGGGUAAUCAUUAAAGAUGGACACAUGUAUUACUUAGGACGUCAGGACAACCAGAUUAAACGUCAUGGGAAACGUGCGAAUCUUGAAAGAAUCCAGCAGGUAACUGAAAGUUUGAAGCAAGUGGAAGCCUGUGUAGUGGCCAAAUAUGACCAAGACAAGCUAAUGUUGUUUGUAGUGCCCAAAGGCAUUCCUAAGUUACGUAAAGGAGAGACCACAAAUUUCUGCAGGGAUAUCCUUCUUGAACUUGAAAAGUACCUCUCUUCCCAUGAAAUUCCAGAUCAUGUUUUCCAAAUCAAUUCAAUACCAUUUACAACUCAUGGCAAAGUAGAUCGUGCUACUUUGAUUCAGACAUACCAAGAACAGGCUAAGGCAAAGACGUCAAACUGCUUUGUGGGAGCAAAAGAACUUCGGGAAGGUAUUCACCGGCUUUGGAAGGUUGUGCUCAAUCUUCCAGAGGACCAGCCGGAUGUUUCUGAAAAUUGUAUGUUUCUGUAUAAUGGAGGGGACUCCCUAAAAGCUUUGAGGCUUGCUGAAGAAAUUGAAACAUUUUUAGGGCAAACAGUAUUUGGACUGACUGAAGUUAUUUUAAAUGGUUCUGUUUUGGACAUUUACAAUCAUAUUGCCAAUAGCAUGUUCUUUGAAGAUAGGAAUAAAGAGGAUAUUGAUAAAAAUUAUAGGAAAGUGAAAAGGAAAAGAAUUAAAGAUGAAAGUGAAGGAUCUUUGCCAAAGUGGAAUGAAAAUCAGCCAUUUGCAUCAAUUUCAAACAUUACAACCAUAAGCAGAGGGAAUCAGAUCAUGAAGAUAGAAUUUGCUAAACAUUGUGAAAAUAGUCCUGGCUUACGAGAAGGCAAAGAGUUGAUGGACACUGAGUCAAAUGGAAAAAGAAGGAAAGAAAAAGAUUCUUCUACAGUGUCUGAAAAUGUGAAUGCAAAAAUCUUAGAAAAUGAGAAGAAAAUGUCAGAUAAAAAUAGCUAUUUGGAAUCAAUUGCAAACCAAGUUAUAGAGUCAUCACAUAAUGAGGGCAUGUUCAUUCCAAAAGAACAUGCUGAUAAUUCCAGAAUGGUAACAUUUAAGAUCAGAUGGAAAUCUGAUACUGCAAAAUGUGUUGAUGCUUCUCCUCUGGUGGUACUAUCAGGGCAUAAUGACUCAGAUGGGACCGUGUACAUUGGCUCUCACUCACACAGAAUGCAGGCAAUUGACCUGCUGUCUGGAAAGAUAAAAUGGGAGAAGAUUCUUGGAGAUCGGAUUGAAUCAUCUGCAUGUAUAUCCAGAUGUGGCAACUUUAUUAUUGUAGGUUGUUAUGAUGGUUCAAUCUGUGUGCUAAGGGUCAGUGAUGGGCAAACAUAUUGGAUUUUUUGGACAGAGGAUUCAGUUAAAAGUUCUCCAAUUAUGGAUCCAGACCUAGGACUGGUCUUUGUUGGAUCGCAUGACCAUCACAUCUACGCUUUAGACAUUCAUAGUAAAGUGUGUGUCUGGAAAUUGCACUGUGGAGGAGGUGCUGUGUUCUCAACUCCUUGUUUAAACAAAUCACCGCGAAGACUUUAUAUUGCAACCCUUGGAGAAUCGUUAGUAGCUGUCAAUCCAGACACAAGGAGUAUAGUUUGGAAACACUUCUGCGGCAAACCUUUAUUUUCUUCACCUCAGUGUACUGUACAGAAUGUGUACGUUGGUUGUGUUGAUGGAAGUCUGCAAUGUUUCAGCCACAGUGGUGAUCAGCUUUGGCGGUUCUCAACUGGUGGCCCGAUCUUUACUUCACCGAGUGUUUGCCACUUUUCUCCAACAAAUCGAAAAAUAAUAUGUGGAUCUCAUGACUGUUUUGUUUACUGCUUGGAUGAAGUCGGACGUUUAGUGUGGAAAUUUGAAACCAGCAAACAAGUGCACCAGGCAGUUCCAGUCGAAACUAAUAUCGCUUAUGAAGGUACUGCAAAUACUCAGCCUGAAUCGCCAUUGGAAAGGGUUUCAUUGAUGAAACACAUUAUUAUUUGAAUUAUCUGGAGCAAUUGUUUUGAUUAUUUGGGUAACAUUGUUAACUCCAAGGAUCUUUGACUUUUCAAACAUAACAAAAUGAAAUGUUAUCAGUAAAAGAAACAACAUCUAUAUUAAGUCAUUGUACAGAGAAGGUUGCAUAGAAAUGUUGGAAAUAGGAGCAUGAGUAGGUUGUGUGGCCCUUUGAGCCUGUUCUGCUGUUCAAUAUGAUCAUAGGUGAUCCACCAACUCAGUAACUUGUUCCUUCUUUGUAACCCAACCCCAGGACCCCAUCCUUUGACCCUGUUAGCCCCAGGUGCUACAUCCAACUCCUCCUUGAAAUCAUACAACAUUUGUUUCAACUGCUUUUUAUGGUAGUGAAUUCCACAGGGGUUCACCACUUUCUGGGUGAAGAAAUCUCAAUCUUAAAUAGUAUAGCCUUGUCUUGAGGCUGUGCCUUAGUACUGGACUCCCCUGUCAUCAGGAACAACAUCCUGCAUUUAGGUUAUCUAGUCAAGUUAGAAUUUUAUUGGUUCCCUGAGAUCCGCCAUUAUUCUUCUGAACUCCAGCGAGCAUAAUCCUAAUCGAUUCAACUUGUCCUCCUAUAUCAGUCCUGCCUUCCCAAGAAUCAGUCUGGUAAAUUUUUGCUGCAUUUCCUCCAUACAAGAACAUCCUUUUUCAGUUAAGGAGACCAAAACUGCGCGUAUUAAUCUGAGUGUUGUAACAACAAGGCCCUGUAUAAUUGCAGCAAGGUAUUCCUGCUCCUGUAUUCAAAUCCUCUAAUUGAAGGCUGAUGUACAAUUCACCUUGUUCACUGCCUGCUGUAACUACAAGCUUAUCUUCAGUGACUGGUGUCCAAGGAAACUCUGAUUUGUUUGUAUAUUCACCUCCAUCAAUUUAUAACUAUUCAGACAAUAUUCCACCUUCCUGUUUUUGCUCCCAACGUGGAAAAUCUCUCAUUUAACCACAUUGCAUCAUACUGCAUCAUGUAUUUUCCCACUGACUUGUCCAAAUUGCACUGAAACUUAAAUGUGUAUCCCCCUCGCAAUAUACCUUCCCCAUUCAUCUUUGUGUCAUCUGCAAAUUUGGAGAUAUUACAUUUAAUCUCCUCAUCCAAGUCAUGAAUGUAUCUUUUGAGUAGCUGAGGUCCUAGCCCUAAUCCCUGUGGUACCCCACUAGUCACUAGUUGUUCAGGAAAAUAACUUUUUUCUCAUUCUUCGUUUCCUGCCUGUCAACCACUUUUCUAUCCAACUAUGUACACCACCUCAAAUUCCAUUUGCUUUAGUUGUAUGCACUAAUCUAUCCAGGGACUUUGUUGAAAGCAUAUGGACCAACCUUCAUUGGUUCCCCCUCAUUAACUGCACAGGGUACAUUCUUGAAGAAUUCCAGUAGACCUAUUGAGCUUAAUUUCCCGUGCUGUUAUUUUUUAAUUAUAAGAAUUAUUUCAUCUAGCCCUAGUGUGUUUUAUUAAUCCCAGCUUGAAACUUUGGUUAGGAUAAGAUCUUAAUUGAUGAUGCCAUUGUUUUGUAACAGUGAUGCAAUGUUAAAUUGUGUGUAGAUGGUGAAUUCAGGAUGGAACACCAUUGCCAAAAAUGGGAUCUGAGAGUAAACAUUUCCAACUAAUCAUCAGCUUUUGAAAAGUGAACUGGCUCCACAUUUUCUACCUGAGAAUUGCACAAGUCUAUUCACUCUGGAACUGUUUGUGGCUGUAAGAGAUUCUUUGAGAUCUUAAUGGUUACUGGUUUUGUCUUUCAUUUUUAACAAUCAGGCUGUUCAGCUCCAUCAUUGUUGAUUAUAAUCCUGAAGUUCCAGCAGUCAUGAAUGUAAGGCAGAUGUGAAGCCGGUCUUUAUCUGUCAAGUUAUUAUGAUCAUAUUAAGUUAUAAGGCUGAUGCAGUUGAAACACCCUUAUUUUGUAUAGCCUCUCCUAAAAUUCAAGUAAAAAUCUGACUGGUAAAGUAAUUAGUGAACUAUGAAACAAAGCUCAUUUUAAUGCAAAAACAAAAUGUGGAAUA